UGUAAUUGCAAAGCUGACAGCUUCCUGUCUUGUGUUUCCAGCAUUGUUUUCAGUUUCUCAGUUAAAUUACAUCUGCUUCCUCACGAGCACAUAAAUCCGGCACCAGGUGAUUCAUGACAUUAUGGGAACAGUUUGUGAGAUGCUGCUUAUUGCAGUUGUACUGAUACAGCAGGAAACACAAGCAGACCCAUCCCAAGACCUAUUCUGCUUCAGAUUCCACAAGAAUUCGGCAGUGAAUUGUACCUGGAAUCCAAGUGAUGUUACCCCAACAAACUACACCUUCUAUUUUCAGGAGAAGGGCAGCACUGACCCAACUGAAAUAUCGACCUGUUUACAUUCAUUGAUGUUGGAGAGGAAGCAAUUCACUGCAGGAAGAACCUACGUUGCCUGGGUAAAGACCAGUGGCACAGAGAGAGAGGAAAGCUUAAAAAGACUGGAAUUCAUCAUUGAUGACAUAGUGAAGCCUCUGUCUCCAGCUGCUGUGACUGGAGAAUUGACACCGAACACUUCAAAAUCCAUAUUUAUUACAUGGCAGAAACCCAACAACCUCGAUUCAUCAAAAACCCUCCAGUUUAAGCUUCAGUACAGAGUUGUAGGUGACUUUUUCUGGACUGAGAUUUCACAGGAUGAAAUUGGAAUCCAUUCAACAACUUACGAGUUGGAGGAUCUGCAGCCAUUCACAGUCUAUGAGAUUCGGGUACAAUGUGCACGGGAAGGGGAGACAAAUAGGAGACUGUGGAGUGAAUGGAGUGCUGUGUCCAGCAUUCGAACUUCGGAAGACACGUCUUGAACAACAUCAAGCAAGAGGAAUAAUUCAGAAAUACUCAGUGGUCUACAGAGAAAUGACAACAGAGGAAGCAAUAUCAUCGACUGCCUGCUGUAGUCUCAACCUUCCAAGGACCACUCAAUGGGUGAACGUCACUGCACACAACUCUGUUGGAGCAACUCAGCCAGCCAUACUCAACCUCAUAGCAGGCUUUCCGCCACCAUUCAAUAUGACAGUUCACAGCAGGAACCGCUCAGUACAGGUGUUUUGGGAGCCACCAGCCAAUGCAACUCCUGAAGAGUUUGUGGUGGAAUGGUAUAAAAUGCCGGUAAAUUCAGAGUAUACACUCAACUGGAAAAAAAUACCAGCAGCGAAUGUGUGUGUAACCUUAGUGGAAGGUCUUCUGUAUCCCCUGCUUCUGUACAGGAUCUCAGUGUACGCUCGAUAUCAGGCAGGAUUGGGAGGCCCAGUGUCCACUCUGGUUUAUGCAGAAGAAGGAGUUCCUCUUGCUGGGCCUGAAAUCUCAAUUCUAAAUAUCUCCCAGACUGGGGUCACUCUGCUAUGGAAGGAUCUCCCACUGGAUCAGCAACAGGGGUUUAUAAAAUGCCUCACUCUGUACUACGUCAAGAAUCCAGGUGGACUUGCAAAACAAAAGACUCGCAAUUUAAGCUAUACAUUAGACAGAUAUACAUUGUCACACUUGGAGCCCGACAGUACUUACACAAUCUGGAUGACAGCGUCCACUAUUGCAGGAGAGGGACGUAGAGGGCCAUACCUUCACUUCAAAACACAAGGUUCACAGGUUGUGACCUGGAUGCUUGUGGCACUGUUCUCUACAUUUGUGGUGACUGCAGUUAUUUCCUUCAGUUUCUGUAGAUUCUAUAAACAAAGAAUACAAAGCUGCAGCUCAUUCUACUUACCUCAGUGGUGUUGCCAAAAAGUUCCGGAUCCAAGGAACAGCAAUGUUGGGCACGAGCAGUAUGAUUACCCUCCGAGCUAUCGUGAGGUACCAGUGGAGCCAGUAAUUGAUGAGUUGGAAGAGAUUGAAACUGACUUACAGAUUGAAACUGACAUCAAGGUUGAAGUUCCAUUCACAACAAACAACAAUUCCACUCUGGCAGAAGACAUCAGACCCAGCAGCUCAGAAGAUACUUACUGGAUGAGUUGUCAUUCUGCACCUCCAGAGGCCUCCACUUGUUUGGAAAAGAAACUUGUGGAAGAGCCAGAAACCAGCACAACAUUAAUGGUGAAACCCCUCACCUCAAUUGGUUACGAGAAACACUUCUUGCCAUCAGAAGCAGAUGUGCUUAAUAAUGAAUGGCAGUUAGCAGACAGGAAGGUGUGGAUGGGAACUGAGGACGAUCAUUAA